UCCUGUUGUGCAACUUUCUGGAGUCACUAGGUCAGAGCGUCUCCUUGUAGCGGUGGCAGUUACAGUCGGUGCCCAUGAAGGAUGAGGAAGACCAGGCUCUGUGGGCUGCUGUGGAUGUUCCUCGCAGAACUCCAAGCUGCAGUUAAAUUAAACGAGGAAAAGAUUACUCUGACAGUGGGGCAGACCCUGAAUGUCCAAUGUCCCUUCAACGUCAUGUACGCCAGAAGCAAGAAGGCAUGGCAGAGGCUGACAGAUGAGGGGGAGCGCCGGACACUGGCAGUAAUCGGGGGAGGCUCGGAGCCCAUCGACAAUGGCCAGAGGUACUUCCUGGAAGAGCUCCCCACUGAUGGCAUAAUGUACGUCCGAAUGACCAACCUUCAACUGGAGGACUCGGGAUUGUACGAGUGUGUGAUCCACCAGCCUCCCAAAGACCCCUACGUGUUGUUCCAUCCUGUCCGCCUGACGGUGACGGUGGGGAACGGUGUUGCUGGUGCUGUGGUCCAUGGCUCCAGGACUCCCUUUGGACCCCCACUCGUGGACAACGCUGUCUCGCCAGAUCCUGCCUCAGAAAAGAGUCCUGCCAGGAACUCGGCCCAGGUUUCCACCCUUCCUCCUAUUACCACCAAGGCCCGGCGCACGCUGCGUAACAGUUCCAGGACUGUGACCCAACACCUGCCCAUGCCAACAGCCAGCCUCUCCUCUCCUGGCCUGGAAGUCAACCCCACACAAGGGACGGAUGUCAUCAGGUUCUCUCGGAUGAGCAUCAUCAUUAUCGUGGUGUGUGGGAUCCUGAGUAAGAGCCUGGUCUUCACUGCCCUGCUGUUCGUCACACAGAGGUCAUGUGGACCCUAGGCCCAUGGACACACGAGAAUGCCCCGUGACCUCCAUCCACCGCCCCCUGGCAGCUGAGCCAGAAGAGUGUGAAGGCGGGGGGGGAGGGGGGGGGCACAAUGACUGAGCUGAAUCUGUAACACAGGUUAUUUCUAAGGCUCGGGAUGCCCCUUCCUGGCCCUGCUGACUCCCUACAUGUCACCAACAACCUUGGAUGUGAACUGUGCCCAAUCAGAAGAGAAGAUGCAGCCCCCAACAUGCCCUGGGCCUCCAUUCCACCUGCGGCCCAGGCUUCGCAUUAAAUACAGAUGGAGUGCAAUGCUUUUCACUGUCCU